AAAGGAUCCAUACCAAUGGAAGGCCUGACCACAUCCAGGAGAGAUUUUGGGCUUCACAAAAUGGUACCAGUGAAACUCCAUCAGCAUGACCCAUACAUUCCAAGCCAAGAGACUAUGGAUUUACUCACAACGUAUAAACACGAUUUUAACUACCUCCCUGUCUGUCAAGUUGGCCCCAUCAAACCUCGGGACAGUAAAUUUCCGAAUGGUGACAAGAUACAGUACCUGCCUACGUACAAAGCUGAUUAUUUACCUUGGAACCAACCAAAACGAGAUCUUAUUCGUCCACCACACAAGUACCGACCAGAGUCUACCUGGUUUGAAAACAGAACCACACACCAGGAUGACUAUACUGUAAAAGGCCUUGUGACUACUGUGAGCUGUAAGCCUCCAGCCAAACCAAAGCUCUAUAAUGUCCCCUUGGAGGAUCUAACUAACUACAAGAUGAGCUAUGUGCCCCACCCUGUGGAGAAGCGCUUUGUUAGAGAGCCUGAGAAAUUUAGACCCUGUGACAUCCCUUUUGAGAACCUGACCACGCACAAAGAGUCCUACCGAGGCCUCCUAGGGGAGCCCGCCAAGAGCUCCAAACCUCCAGCCAAGUUGCCUGCGCAAGAUAUACCUUUCUCUAACAGCACUGAGUUUCAAGAUAAGUUCCAAGCUUGGGAAACACCCCAGAUAUUCACCAAAGCUCCUGUUCCCUACGUCCUUCCUGAGGAGAAGAUGGAUCUUUUGACAACUACGCAGACCCAUUACAGAUACCUUAAGGGUUUCCCAGCUCAAACUUGCCGACCUGUACCUUCCAUUAAGAACAGGGGCCACUUUGAAAGCUCCACCACCACCAAGGAUGACUACAAGCAGUGGGCAGCUGUGCAGACAAAGCCAGUCAAACCCACUCACCAUCUGAGCCUGCCUGUUGAGCCUUUGGACUGCCAGACGACCACUAAGACCUGUUAUGUGCCCCACCCACCUGUCACCACUAAAAACUACAAGCCCGCCUGGGUUGGCCCUCAAAACAUCCCUGUGGAGGGUCUGACUACUUACUCUAUUAGCUUUACUCCCAAGGAAAUGGGCAGAUGCCCAGCAUCAUACACGGAGCCCCCUGGCUACAUCUUUGAGGAAGUGGAUGCUAUGGGGCACAGGAUAUAUAGGUCAAUUUCUGAGACAGGUUCUAGGCAGAACAGCUGUCUUUCUAUACAUGAUGCAGCAAAGUCUGGCCAGAAUGAACUGGAAGUGUCAGCCUGA